AUGAUGGAAACUGAAUCUAAAGCUGAUACUGCUUCUUUGGCAAAUAAAUUUGAAGUUGUAGAUAUCAAUGACUACGAAGCUGAAUCGUCAGAACCUAUUGUUCCUCAUGAGAGGCAAAUUGUCGACGAUGUUAUAGCAAUUUGGAAACAAGAUCCUUCUACAGAAACCUUGGGUAUAGGUAAAUUACAUGCGAUGGUAAAAGGGCGUCAUCCGAAUUGGUCUGUGUCUGAAAAACGAGUCAAAACGUUGUUGAAAAAUUUUGGUUUGUUGACUAAUAAUGCCAAUCAACAAUUUACGUACGCUAACGAGAUUAAAUCACUAAACACACCUGAUAUUGACCUCCCAGAGAAAGUACACAUUGUAAUGACGGCCAAGAGAGGUAAAGGGUUGUAUGCAAAAAAUAAGAUUUCGAAAGGUGAUUUAAUAUGGGAAGAAUCUCAGCUAUUUUAUAUUGCGCCAUUGGCAAAUGUAAACCUCAUCAAAGGUGGCAAGGCUUGUUCUUAUUGCGGAAAAUUGCUUACACAAUCAAGCAGUAAUGCUGGUAUAUCUGUCUUGAAGGGAUUAGAUUGUAAUGUUUGUUCUGAGAUUUGGUGUUCUCAAACUUGUAAAAAGAUUGAUUCUCAGUUGCAUGGGAUGUUAAAACAUAAUUUAUACAACCCAAAUUCAAGUGGAGGUUCGAAGAAAUUGAUCAAUGCAAAUGCAUAUUUAGAGUUGCAAGAUUAUUGUUUAAAAGAACAAUGGAAUGCAUUGUACGCCAUUACAAUUAUUUAUGCUAAUAUCAUUACUGAUAAGUCUGGCAUAAAAGGAAAACAAUUUAGAGCGAUGGCAAGAGUAUCACAAGAUGUUAGGUAUAAGGCUUUGAAUUCAUCAGCUGGUGCGUUUGACAAUUUACAAGGUGGUGCCUUGUUUGUUGGAGAACAACAAGAAAAGUUAUGGAAAGAUGGUUAUAAUAGAUUUAAAAAUGUCUUUCCUAAAUCAGUAGAUAAUGGAGAUAUUUCCUAUCAAGAAUUUAUGUACAUGAUGGGUACGUACAACAUCAAUAAUUUGGAUUCUUGUAUCUAUCUUACUCAGUCGCAUUUGAACCACAAUUGUGAUCCAAAUACUAAUGUUGAGACCUCGACUACGGUAAGAACCAAUGGACUCAAGGUAUUUGCAGCAAGAGAUAUAAGAGCUGGCGAAGAAUUAACUACCACAUAUGUGAAUCCAGCGUAUACUGUCCAACAGAGACAAAGAGAAUUGCGAGUUAAUUGGGGGUUCAUGUGUGGAUGUCAGAAAUGUAAGGAAGACUUAAAAUGCCAGCAACGAAGAAAAUCAAGUUCUGCACCGGCUGCUAAGGAUGAUAAAGGAAUUAGAGAAAUGUUGAUGGAUACGAAAAAGGAAAUUGGUGACCAAGAAAUUGAGUUAGAAAUUCCUAGUAGUUACGAUGGCGAAAGAAGAAAAUCUGUUAGAUUUGAUGAAAAGGUUAUAGCUGUCAGCGAAUAG